UCGGUUGCGCAGGAAGUGUCAGCGGGGGUUGCUUGUAAAUAACGUCAAAUAGGAUAAAAGAUGUGCAGCCAUUUUUGUAAUGUACAUACUUGUGUAUUACAGUACAAAGGACAAAACGAAAUCUACAAAUUCACUGCAGUUGUGUAAAUAUAUAUAUAUACGAGAAAGAGACACGCUAUAUUUCUUUUAAUGUAUCUUAAUAUCAAUUUUUAUUUUUUUUUUUCUUUCAAGAGAACUGGGGUAUUUUGCAGCAGGAAUAAAAGUGUAGCUAAAAGUGAUGGAGGCAGAUGAAAGAACCAUGUUAGGACAAAAACAGGUUGACUCCAAACCAUGUCUUCAGAUAGAACUUUGUGUCCCUGAUGUACAAAAGAAACAAAGUCAAUUGGCAUGCAUCAGAAGUGACAAUAGGUCUCAUCUGCAGUAUGCGCUUCCAUCUCACAGAGAAGAGGAAAGCUUUAUAUGCAUCUUUUGUGGAAAAUGUAUAAUUGGACUGUCUAAUUUUUCAGAACAUGAACAGACACACAAAGGAGAAAAUGUAUUUGCAUGUACUUCCUGUGGAAAGACAUUUGUGAAUCAGUCUGGCCUUAUUGUUCACCAGCAGCUUCAUUUGCAAGAAAAAAAUAUAGACAGUGAAAACAAAGUAACAGCUAAUACAGAAAAAGCAUCACAGAAGUGUAGAAAAUGUGGAAAGUUCAUUCAGCAGUCAUCUUUUGAAAAACUUUGGCCAUACGUGAAAGGCUCAUGUUUAAAAUGUGCAGACUGUGAGACAAGUUUACCAACAGAAGUUGGUAGGCCCCAGUUAAAUCACAAUUUAUCCUAUAAAUGUGCCAAUUGUGGGCAGAGUUUCCCUGACCAUUUAGUUUUUGUUAGUCAUCAAAUGACUCACAGAGAAGAGAAAUCUUUCAUAUGUUCUAACUGUGGGAAGGAUUUUGCAGGAGAAGAAAGCCUCAGUGGGCAUCUCUUGGUCUGCGCUGCAGAAGAGUCAUUUAGGCGUACUAAUUAUUGGAAGAGUUUUAGGUAUGGCCACUCCUUAAGCCACAAGCAGUCUCAAACUAAUAAAAAAACGUUUCAUUGUGUUGAAUGUGGGAAAAGUUUCUUCUAUGCCCAGUCUCUGAGUUACCAUAAGUUGCUUCAUAUCGGUGAAAAGCCUUUUAAAUGUGCCACUUGUGGAAAAAGUUUUGUAAGUCGAUCAACACUUAAAAAGCAUCAAAAGAGACAUAUCAGGUUGCCUGCAGAGCAGGAAUCCUACACAUGUACAGACUGUGGGAGGUGUUUUCCAAAACGAGCCGCUCUUGUAAGUCACCAGCGGGCACAUAAAUUGUAUGAGUGCAGUGACUGUGGGAAAGGUUUUACUGAACAGGCAUCUUAUAUUGAUCACAGACUGAGUCACACAGUUGAAAACUCUUCCAAAAGUAGUGAUACUGAAGAUCGUAAACAAAAUAUUAAUUUAGAGAAAUCCUUCUCUUGUACAAUUUGUGGAAUGCGAUUUUUUAAACGAAUAUCCCUGUUUUUGCAUCAGCGGAGUCAUAGUUCAUCUUUCAAGUGUGUCAUCUGUGGGCAGAGUUUUGUAGAUCAGCUAGUUUUCAUUAAACAUCAGUUAACACAUCCAACAAGUGCUAAGACCCUGGAAAAACUGUCUUCAAUGGGCAUUACUGUUAAAAGUACAAAUUGUGGUAAGAGUUUAGCAGACCCAGAAAACCCAUCUGAAAAUGUACUUGAUCACAGAAGUGAGGAACUUCCGUUUCAGUGUAAGGACUGUGGAAAGAGCUUCUUAUACAAAAAAUCUAUUUAUUAUCAUCAUUUGUUACACACUGGACAAAAGACAUUUCACUGUCCUGACUGUGACAAGAGUUUUAUAAAGCAUUCGUCCCUUGUAAAACACCAGGAGACUCACAAAAAACCAUCACUGCAUACUUGUAGUAACUGUGGUAAAUGCUUUCUAAAACUGUCUUCUCUUCUUAGUCACAGAAGGGUUCAUAAUGUGUCUUUUGAGUGUAGUGACUGUGGAGAGGUUUUCAGAGAUCAGUUAGUGUUUAUUAAGCAUAAAUUGACUCAUACAGGGAAAACUAUGGCAAACAAUAGGUCUGCAUUUUUGUCAGAACCUGGAAAGCAUACAGAAUCUGAGAUGAAUAAUGCAGGAGAUAAUAAACCGUAUAAGUGCUCAAAAUGUGAAAAAAGUUUUACUCAUCAGGGUAACCUUGUAAAGCAUCAGUUUACACACAAUUAAUGAACUACUUAUAGUAUUUAAGUGUAAAGGCACAUUAUGUGCUUCUAGUGUCAGUGAUAUUUUAUGCUUUAUGGAAGAAAAUGGUUGUGUAUUGAGAAAGUGUUAAAGGCUGUUAGUGCUCUUUCAAGGGUCUGAUAAAGCUGCAUGCAGUUAGACUAUCUUUUUGUAUCUAAGACUUCUGUGCUCAGAAAUCUUUCAGUACUGUUGAGUUUAUUUUUUUCCUCCCUGGUCACUUCCCACACUUUUACACUGUGAAACUGUUCUGUGAAGGCCAAUGAAGUGCUUAAAGUUCUCUCUUUUUUUUCCUGGCUAAUAAAGUGUUGCUGUUAUCAUCAGUAAAAAAAAAAAAUAAAUAAAAGUAAAAAAAAUUCAGGACAGGGCAGUAUACAAUAUUUUGCCAUUUGUGUCUGCUUUACCUGGGUUUUUGAAGUGUCAACUGUCGGUCAAAUAACUGAACAGAGUUGCUAUUCCUAAUGCCUAAUAAAGACAUUGUUUAAAGGUGGAGUGCAAACUUGCUAGGGCUGUAGGUCUGACUUUCUAACAAAACACUGUGUGCAGUUUAGCUGCUUUCUCUGGAGUAAGAUUCACAUGCAGCAUGAAGAUCAUCUUGGCAACUAACAGCACGGAUCAGAUUAAUCGAGUAAAAAUAAACACUGACAGCAUUUUCAUAAACAGUCUUAAAGAAGUAUUUCCCCCCUUGUGUGAGUGUGGGAGGAAACUGACAUGUGACUCACAGCCUGGUGGCAUAGAGGGAUAAAUCUCGGACUACAACCCAGAUGACCUGAGUUUGAUUAGCAGCUUGGGUGUCUGAUGUUGCUGGUAUGGAGGAUGGUCAUGCCUAUCCUGUGCAGCAUGAGCAUGUCAGUCAUGACUCUGCUGUUCUCUGUUGAAGGCUAGUGUGCAGAACAAGAUGAUGCUGAGCCUGAGUGGGUGGGGGAUGGAGUAAACUUGGCUGCCCUAUGGGCUGAAGGACAGGACAUAGACUCAAGCUACUCCACAUUGCCUCCCCAGCUUGACUGUGUCAGCACAUAGGGUAGUCUUAUGCCAUUGUGAAAAUACAGAGGUCCACUAAAUAACAAUCAUCCAUGCCUUGUCUCUCUCUCCACUUACUUGGCAUGUCUCUAGCCUCAUUAGCCUAGCAAAUGGGUGGACUGACUGCAUAAGAUGCUGCCGUAUUAUGGAUCACACUGGGAAUCUGCUACAGUUGGGACUUGUGGAGGAUAAGAACAUAAGGGCAGCGAGGGCUAUAAAAGUAACUUGCAACAUUUUCAUAAGUGAAUGGGGGGGCACCUGAUUUACUCUGUGUAGGAUGUGCGGUAUUAUGUACAUAAGAAAGACAUUGUGGAAAAAAGACAGAAGAAUACUAUCACGGCAGUAUGUCAGCCCCUAUCAGGCCAUUUUCUGGGGGGUGAAACAAAUUAUAAUACUAAAUGCAAAGUGAUACUUAUUACAGCAUAUAAUUGCAAGAUAUGAGGAAAACAUUUUUCAUUUUCUAGUUGAGUUUUCCUUUUAUUACCUCCUGGCUUCAAAUGUUAAAAUUUUCAUGUCAGUCUGAAUUUAUCUAGAUUUUUUUUUCUGUUUUGCCAUUUCUGCUGUUUUGGCUCAUACUAGUUUGCAUUGCUGUCAUUUGUGACCUGUUUCAUUCCUAUCUUUAGCUUGUGCAUUUCUGUUAGACUGCUGUCAGUAUGUAAAUGACAGGACUUGUUAUCACCAAAUGGCUAUCAAAAAAAGGAAAAAAUAAAAUCCAACUUAAAUGACUGAAAUGCUAAGAA